AGUUUCUCCAUCAGACUUGGCUUUUCCCUUCCAUUGGAGCAAGUUCUGUCCUUAUAGUUUGAUUUAAGUAAUGCCUUUUUGUUGAGUUUUGUGGUUUUCUAAGUGCUCUUCUUUUUUCUUUUUCUGUUUUUAAAAUUAAAGACCUUUCCCAGUAGGUAACAUAGUUGAGGAAUCCCCCCAUUUUAUAGAAGAUACAGGCCAAUUUAGUGUGUUAGUGGCUUUGCUGGGGCCCAGAGUUUUCUGAUUCUAAGUCUGUAUUAAUUUCCUAGGACCACCAAACAAAGCCACCACAAACUGGAUGGCUUACAACAAGAGAAAUGUAUUUUAUCACAGUUUGGAAGGCUAGAGUCUGAGAUCGAGGUGUUGGCAGGGCUGUGCUCCCUCUGAAGGCUCUAGGGGAAAAUCCUCCCUUGCCCCUCCUCGUUUCUGGUAGCUCCUGGUAAUCCUUGUAAUCCUUGGCCUUUGUAGACACAUCACUCCAGUCUCUGCCUCCAUCAUCACAUGGCAAUGGCUUUCAUCUUCAGAUCUCCCUUUUUCUUAUAAGGACACCAGUCAUUGGAUAUAGGAUCCACCUUAUGCAGUAUGACCUCAUCUUGACUUGAUGACACCUGCAAUGAUCCUGUUUCCAGAUAAGGUGACCGAGCUCAACGAACCUCUCUCCAAUGAAGACCGAAACCUCCUCUCUGUGGCCUACAAGAAUGUGGUCGGUGCCCGGCGGUCUUCCUGGAGGGUCAUCAGCAGCAUCGAGCAGAAAACCACGGCUGACGGGAAUGAGAAGAAGCUGGAGAAGGUUAAGGCUUACCGGGAGAAGAUCGAGAAGGAGCUGGAAACAGUGUGCAAUGACGUGCUGGCCCUGCUGGACAAGUUCCUCAUCAAGAACUGCAAUGACUUCCAGUAUGAGAGCAAGGUCUUCUACCUGAAGAUGAAGGGCGACUACUACCGCUACCUGGCAGAGGUGGCUUCUGGCGAGAAGAAAAACAGUGUGGUCGAAGCUUCAGAGGCAGCCUACAAGGAAGCCUUCGAAAUCAGCAAGGAGCACAUGCAGCCAACACACCCCAUCCGGCUGGGCCUGGCCCUCAACUUCUCCGUGUUCUACUACGAGAUCCAGAAUGCGCCCGAGCAGGCCUGCCUCUUAGCCAAACAAGCCUUUGAUGACGCCAUAGCCGAGCUGGACACACUAAACGAGGAUUCCUAUAAGGACUCCACGCUCAUCAUGCAGCUGCUGCGAGACAACCUCACCCUCUGGACGAGCGACCAGCAGGACGAGGAAGCCGGAGAAGGCAACUGAGCGCCUCGGCCCACCCCCGCCCCGACCCCAUCACCACCGGUCCUUCCUCACCACAGUCACUAAGUAUCUAGUGCUAAACCUAUCUGUAUGGCAGCACAGCUACUCAGAUCUGCUCUCUGCCCCCGGGAAGCAGUUCCAGAUAAAUUUAUGGGCAUUGCUGGACUGAUGGUUGCUUUGAGCCCACAGGAGCUCCCUUUCUGAAUUGUGCAGACAGGUGCAUUCUGAAGGAGGCAUUUUCCUAUGCCUGCUGAUCUAGGUGAAGUGCAGGCGAAAGCCUCGGGGAAGUUAGGAGAAUUAACCACACAGGCUACAGUUGGUAUUUAAAUGGUCCACUUAAAACCAGCUGCUAGUGUUUUGUUAAAGCAGUACAUCUGUGCAUGCAAAAGUGAAUUCACCCCUCCCACCUCUUUCUUAGCUAAUGGAAAACUGUUAAGGGAAGCUGAUAUGAGAGACCACUUGCUCCUUUCCAUCAGCUUAAUAAACUUUAACGUGAGGUUUCAGUAGCGCCUUGUUUGCCUCUUUAAAUUAUGAUGUGCACAAACCUUCUUUUCAAUGCAAUGCAUCUAAAGUUUUGAUACCUGUAACUUUUUUUUUUUUUGGUUGCGACUGUUUAAGAAUCAUGGAUUUAUUUUUUUGUAACUAUUUGGCUAUUGUCCUUGUGUAUCCUGACAGCGCCAUGUGUGUCAGCCCAUGUCGAUCAAGAUGGGUAAUUAUGAAAUGCCAGACUUCUAAAUUAAAUGUUUUGGAAUUCAGUGGGUAAAUAAAUGCUGCUUUGGGGAUAUCA